GGGGCGCUCAGUCUUACACCGUCGAGAAUGCUGGGAGCUGUGGGUUUGCAGGAUUUAAAAAUUCCUUAGGAACCAGAUGGGUUGCUUUUGCUUCUUUUGCUCUGACUCUGCCUCGCAGGGCAGCGGUCUGGUGAGCACGGCCUGUUGUGAUUGCGCAGUGUACGGGGUCCCUGUCGUCUCCGCUGUCGAGUGCCCAGCCCGGCCACGCCUCAGCACCCAUGUGCAGUGACAGCCGAGUGCGUCCCCGGCCACAGGUAGAUGCAGGCGGCGAGCCCUCCCAUGAGGCUGCCUUCCCGGCCACUCACACCGGAACCAGGGGCACCUCUGCCAGACUAUAGCCGGCGUCUUCCUGGGGUUCGCCAUGGAGCCCUUCGGCCCGCUCCUGCUGGCAGGUGUUAGCUUGCCGCUGGCCAGGGCGUUCGCCGUCAACGAGACCACCCCAGUGGACAGCAACUGGACCUCCACGACCUCGGGCCCGCCCGCCGCCGGCCCCCAGCCCCUGCUGGCCUGGCUGCUGCUGCCGCUGCUGCUGCUCCUCCUCUUCCUGCUGCUGGCCGCCUACUUCUUCAGGUUCAGGAAGCACAGGAAGGCCACGGUCAGCGCCAACGACAAGAAGAUGCCCAACGGGAUCCUGGAGGAGCAAGAGCAGCAGAGGGUGAUGCUCCUCAGCAGGUCCCCGUCGGGGCCGCAGAAGUACUUCCCCAUCCCCGUGGGGCAGCUGGAGGAGGAGAUCCGGGUCCGGUCAGCCGACGAGUGCAAGAGGUUCCGGGAGGAGUUCAACUCGCUGCCGUCCGGACACAUGCAAGGAACUUUCGAGCAGGCCAAUAAAGAAGAAAACAGAGAAAAAAACAGAUAUCCCAACAUCCUUCCCAACGACCACACCAGGGUGGUUUUGAGCCAAGUGGACGGAGCGCCCUGUUCAGACUACAUCAACGCCUCCUACAUAGAUGGUUACAAAGAGAAGAAUAAAUUCAUAGCAGCUCAAGGCCCGAAGCAGGAAACUGUGAACGACUUCUGGCGGAUGAUCUGGGAACAGAAGGCUUCGACCAUCGUCAUGCUGACGAACCUGAGGGAGAGGAAGGAGGAGAAGUGCUGCCAGUACUGGCCGGACCAGGGCUGCUGGACCUACGGACACAUCCGGGUGCGCGUGGAGGACUGCACGGCGCUGGUGGACUACACCGUCCGCAAGUUCUGCGUCCAGUCGCAGCUGCCCGAUGGCUGCAAGGCCCCGCGGCUCGUGUGCCAGCUGCACUUCACCAGCUGGCCCGACUUCGGGGUGCCUUUCACCCCCAUCGGGAUGCUCAAGUUCCUGAAGAAAGUGAGGGCGCUCAACCCCUCGCACGCUGGGCCCAUCGUGGUCCACUGCAGCGCGGGCGUGGGCCGCACGGGCACCUUCAUCGUCAUCGACGCGAUGAUGGACAUGAUGCAGGCGGAGCAGAAGGUGGACGUCUUCGACUUCGUGGCCAGGAUCCGCCACCAGCGCCCGCAGAUGGUGCAGACGGACACGCAGUACACGUUCAUCUACCAAGCCUUACUGGAGCACUACCUCUACGGGGACACAGAGCUGGACGUGUCCUCCCUGGAGAAGCACCUGCAGACGCUGCAGGGCACCGCCAGCCGCUUCAACAAGGCCGGGCUGGAGGAGGAGUUCCGGAAACUGACGAACGUGCGCAUCAUGAAGGAGAACAUGAGGACGGGCAACCUGCCGGCCAACAUGAAGAAGGCCAGGGUCAUCCAGAUCAUCCCGUACGACUUCAACCGCGUGAUCCUGUCCAUGAAGCGCGGCCAGGAGCACACGGACUACAUCAACGCGUCCUUCAUCGACGGCUACCGGCAGAAGGACUACUUCAUCGCCACCCAGGGGCCCCUGGCGCACACGGUGGAGGACUUCUGGAGGAUGGUCUGGGAGUGGAAGUGCCACACGGUCGUGAUGCUGACCGAGGUCCAGGAGAGAGAGCAGGACAAGUGCUACCAGUAUUGGCCAGCAGAGGGCUCGGUGACUCACGGAGACAUAACGAUCGAAAUAAAGAGUGAUACCCUCUCGGAGGCCAUCAGCGUGCGCGACUUCCUGGUCACCUGCCGCCAGCCCCAGGCCCGCCAGGAGGAGCAGACCCGCAUGGUGCGCCAGUUCCACUUCCACGGCUGGCCCGAGAUCGGGAUCCCCGCGGAGGGCAAAGGCAUGAUCGACCUCAUUGCGGCGGUGCAGAAGCAGCAGCAGCAGACGGGCAACCACCCCAUCACCGUGCACUGCAGUGCGGGCGCCGGGCGAACGGGCACCUUCAUUGCGCUGAGCAACGUCCUGGAGCGCGUGAAGGCGGAGGGCCUGCUGGACGUGUUCCAAGCCGUGAAGAGCUUACGGCUUCAGAGGCCGCAUAUGGUGCAGACCUUGGAACAGUAUGAAUUCUGCUACAAAGUGGUACAAGAUUUUAUUGAUAUAUUUUCUGAUUAUGCUAAUUUUAAAUGAAAAUUCCUGCCUUAAAAUAUUUUUUAAUUUAAUGGUCAGUAUAUUUUGUAAAAAUCGUGUUAAUUUAUUUCAUAGUUGACAUUAAUACCCUUUCUAAUUUCUUUGUAUAUAUUUUGUUAUGCUUUAAGACCACCCGCUUAUAAAGGUAUUUCAUCUUAAGUACGCCCCUUUAAAAACUGGAAUAAUGUAUUAAGGUCAAAUAAUAUCCCAUAAUAUAUAUAUUUCUGCUAAUGUCAGUAAAUACUUUAAUUUCUCAUUA